GAACAGCCAACAAUUAACACCCUGCAAAUGGUAGAAUCAAUGUUUCUAUCAAAGCCCGAAAAAUGGUUCUUGGUAAUUUUCACAACUCUCACUUUCAUCUCUUUGAUAUCCACCGCUAUGGCCUUCAUUAUUGAUAAGCACGCAAUUACCGGGACUAUUCUCAACCCUUCAAUCUGCAUGAUGUCUCACUCAUUUGAUUGUCAAACUGUCUACACCUCCAAAACUAUUCGUGACUUCGUUCAAAUCACAGCCGGCGUUGAUCUAACUUUGUCAUGUGUUUCAUUCACUAUUGGAGUUGUCAUCACAUCAGUUCAAAUUUUGAACAGCCGCAUUCUCUUCGCCUUCCUGCUUAUCACCAUCUUCAAAAACAUCUUCAUCAACAGUUCGAUUCUUCUAAUUGUUACUAACACUGACUAUUACAUCAACACAGUUCACAACAUCAUAAUGGGAACAUGCGGUCACCAUCUCUGCUGGGAAGACGAGAAUGCCAACGUCGCAGCUGCCUUCAUUCUUCUUCUUGCAUCGGGCACUAUCACUUUCUUCACGAUGCUCACAUUCCUGAUCCUAGGCGUUAAAAUUGUCAAGAAAUACGACGACUUGCACAAAGAUGAAAUCUGGGCGAAAUGGGAUGACAUCGCCGCACAACUUGUGUCUUAUUGAUUUUUCACUUUUUGUUGAACAUAAUUCUUGUAAAUAUCUAAACCAGCAUACUCCUUAA